CUAAUGGACCUGAAGCGGAAGCAGGCUCCCCUCUUAAAUGGGGUGGUCUGGGCCUGUGACAGCCCCUGCAAUAGAGUCUGUACCCGCUGCGGGAGACCCUGCUCAUUUGAAAGUCUGACAUCAGCUGGACUGCUCCCCCCACAACCCUGACACAGCACUCAGCACCUGAAUCUUCGUUUCUUUCACAGUGGCCCUCCAUUCUGCAGAUCCAGGAAAAUGUGACGCUCUACAAGUGAUCAUCUUCUAGGUCACCACAUUCUAGCACAAGUGACUUGAGUGGGGCGAUCCAGGGCAGCAGAGGUAACCAUCAGGAAGAUAUCUAAAGAUAUGAUACAGCAAAGAAGAGAAGCUGGGGGAAAAGAGACAUGCAGAGACCAGAUCAAAAAAGGAUCAGAUAAAGAGGAGGAACCUCCAGCUGCCCUAUCCCAUGGCCAAGGGUAUCGUCCCUGUGGAAGACCAGCCAGGAGCUCAAAGCCUGAAGCUGGGGGCAGAUCCUCUGCUGUCCCCAUCAUGGUCAAUGACCCACCAGUACCUGCCUUACUGUGGGCCCAGGAAGUAGGCCAUGUCUUGGCAGGCCGUGCCCGCAGGCUGUUGCUGCAGUUUGGGGUGCUCUUCUGCACCGUCCUCCUCUUGCUUUGGGUGUCUGUGUUCCUCUAUGGCUCUUUCUACUACUCCUACAUGCCGACUGUCAGCCACCUGAGUCCCGUGCAUUUCCACUACCGGACAGACUGUGAUUCCUCCACCGCUUCACUCUGCUCCUUCCCUGUUGCCAAUGUCUCACUGGCUAAGAGUGGACGCGAUCGGGUGCUGAUGUAUGGACAGCCAUAUCGAGUCACCUUAGAGCUUGAAAUGCCAGAGUCCCCCGUGAAUCAAGACUUGGGCAUGUUCUUAGUCACCGUUUCAUGCUAUACCAGAGGUGGCCGAAUCGUCUCUACUUCUUCACGCUCAGCGAUGCUGCACUACCGCUCCCAGCUGCUCCAGAUACUUGACACACUGGUGUUCUCCAGCCUCCUGUUGUUUGGCUUUGCUGAGCAGAAGCAGCUCCUGGAGGUAGAACUCUACUCGGACUACAGGGAGAAUUCGUAUAUGCCCACAACUGGAGCAGUUAUUGAGAUUCACAGCAAGCGCAUCCAGAUGUAUGCAGCGUACCUCCGCAUCCAUGCCCACUUCACUGGGCUCAGGUACCUGCUGUACAACUUCCCUGUGACCUGCGCCUUUGUGGGUGUCGCCAGCAACUUCACGUUCCUCAGCAUCAUCGCGCUCUUCAGCUACAUGCAGUGGGUGUGGGGGGGCAUCUGGCCCCGACACCGAUUCGCUUUGCAGGUUAAUAUCCGACAAGGGGAUAGCUCACGACAGGGUGCCCAGCGUCGCAUUGCUCGCCAUCAGUCAGGCCGGGAGGAGCCUACCCAGCGGCCAGGCAUGACAGAGGAUGGUGAAAGCCCUGAAGAUCCCGCAGGAACAGAGGGCCAGCUGUCUGAGGAAGAGAAACCACAUCGACAGCCCCUGAAUGGAGAGGAGAAGCAAGAGCCAGAGGCUAGUGAUGGUUCAGGCUCCUGGGAAGAUGCAGCUUUGCUGACAGAGGCCAACCUGCCUACCUCUGCCUCCACCUCCACCUCUGCCCUUUCCCCUGAGACUCUGGGUAGCCGGGAACCUUCUGCGGGCACCAUCAGGCAGCGACCAACAUGCUCCAGUUCCUGAACAAAAAGACUCCUCACAUUCCAGCGCUUCCCCGUCUGACCCUUCUCCCCUUGUCGUCCCCUUAAUAAACUAUUUUGUGUGAA